AGUGGGAGGAAUAGUGCCCCAUCAUUGGUGUCGGUGGGAGGAAUAGUGCCCCAUCAUCGGUAUCAAUGGGAGGAAUAGUGCCCCAUCAUUGGUAUCAGUGGGAGAAUAGUGCCCCAUCAUUGGUGUCGUGUCAGUGGAAGAGGAAUAGUGCCCCAUCAUUGGUGUCAGUGGGGGGUAUAGAACCCCAUUCAUGGUGUCAGUGGGGGAGAAUAGUGCCCCAUCAUAGGUUCAGUGGGGGGAGGAAUAGUGCCCCAUCAUAGGCAUGUCAGUGGGUGGCUGAGAGGAAUAAGUGCCCCAUCAU